AUGAAGCCAACGACCGCCACGCUGCUCGCCAUCCGGCCCACGAGAUGUCUCUCGGCCCCGACAUCCAGGCGGUGCGCGUUCCGGAGUCGAUCAUUCGCAACUCAGGGCGGCCACAGAGCGAGCGACUCUCUUGGCUCUAAGCGCCGCGGCGUGACGCCAUUCAACGACGACGGCUACGUUCCGUGGAGCGAGCUUUCUGCCGGAGAAAAGACUGCCCGUGCGACACAACAGACAUUUAACUUUGGCCUCGUCCUAGUCGGUCUGGCACUCACCGGCGCAGUCGGAUACUUUCUGUGGACGGACGUCUUUGCACCGGACAGCAAAAUCAGCCAAUUCAACCGGGCUGUGGACAAGAUCAAGAAAGACGCACGAUGCAUCGAAGUGUUGGGCGAUGCCAAGAAGAUCAUUGCGCACGGGGAAGAGACCACGAACAAGUGGAGAAGGGCAAGACCAGUCGCGUCCUCGGAGCGCGUCGACCAACAAGGGAACGAGCAUCUUUUGAUGCACUUUCAUGUUGACGGUCCAAAGCAGAACGGCGUGGCACAGCUACACAUGGUGAGGCGACGCGGCGAACCCGACUACGAAUACAAGUCUCUGUUCCUUGACGUCAAGGGCCACGAACGCAUUUACCUCGAGAAUGUCCAUGUGCCGUCGAGCGGAGGGAAGAAGCAGCUGAGCCUGUUUGGAGUCAAGUGGUGA